CACGCAGAGGAAGGGAUCCAGAUGCAGGAUCGAUCACACUUAGGGUUUGUUUGUCCGACCCCCACCCAGUGUUCUAGGACGAUGGUAUAGAUUUUCCUGCAUCUAAAAGGUCGCUCGAUGCUUUAUCGUUGCGGGAGAAACCCUUACGUGUACAUCGCAGCAAAUGACAAUCAGUUUCAAUCGAGGUAAAUUCCCCGGUCUACAUGAACAGUACAUGACGCUGAGAGACAGCACGUGCCACGCUACCGGAAACCAAACUCACAUCACUCUAGUGUCUCCACUCAGCGGAUGCGGAACAACGUCUCGUAAAGUUGGAAAUAACACGAUUUAUGAGAAUGUGGUGAAGUCACAGGAAGUGGUUGUCGAAGGUGUCAUAUCGCGCGUGCGUGAGCUCUCCGUGCCAUUCGAGUGUGUAGUCCCCGUCGUCACCAACCAUUUCGCUGUUGAGGCCCAAGGAGUUUUCGACAUAAGGCUGGAGCUGUUUCACGACGAACACUUUAACAAAACACCAGAAGAUCCAUUUUACAUCACUCCGGGAGAGAGCUUGUACGUACAGCUGAAUAUGGAGACGGACACAAGACUCUCACCGUUCGCUAUGAUGUGUGAUGCCACGCCCGUCAGAUCCAGAUCCAGUAACAUCUACCCCAUCAUACAGCACGGAUGUGCGAAGGAUGACUCUGUUAGAUUUCUACCUAAUCCAAGUCAUAACGUUCAGAGAUUCUCCAUGGAGGCUUUCAAGUAUAUCGACAACUCGCCGGCCGUGUAUCUCCAUUGUGACGUCAUCGUCUGUAACGGGUCAGACAACUCCUCCCGCUGCGCUUCUGGUUGCUUGACGACAAACCCUGGACGACGAGCGGUGCGAGACGUUGCACGUGCAGCCAUGUCCGGGGGUUUCUGACUCGAAGGCAGAUAUCUAAACACUAAACUGAUGCCCCAACCCGAAUCGUGGUCUCCAGUGAACCUGGUGAUCUUCUGGAGCGGACUAACGGCGGUGUGUGGAGCCGCCAUUCUCCUGAUCGUCGCCAUCAUCUACAACUACCGCCUGGUGUUUGUCAAGAAACGACCAGUGUUUUAUUAGGAUUGUUGUGUGGGAUUGCUUGUAUUCAUAACUACAUAUUAAAGACAUUACAAAGAAA